AACAUCGAAAGCAUGGACCAAGGCCCUAUACCUCUAACAGCCCGUGAGGCUGCCUCUGGCCUCUUGGGAUCAGUCUCUAUGACAUGUUGGUUUUUCCUCUUGGUACCUCAACUAAUUGAGAACUAUCGCAAUGGUAACUCAGAAGCCAUUUCUCUCCUCUUCAUCUCUGUCUGGCUCAUCGGCGAUAUCGCAAACCUCGCCGGCGGCCUACUAUCCGGCCUCGUGCCCGUGAUAAUUGCGAUCGCGGUAUACUUCUGCAUCGCAGACGGCGUGCUGAUCACACAGUGUGUGUACUAUAAAGUGCGCAACUCACGCCGCGAGCCUUUCCACCGCCGACGCUCGUCUACAGAGACCCCGGAUCCGACUACCCCGUUGCUGGGGCGGCGAUUCAGCGACUCCCUCCCGUCUUCUCAGUCGCGGCGUCGGUCUUCGGGCUCACUGCGCGGCUAUCAGGCUGAUGGUCGACGUGAGAGCGAGGUCGAGGAUACCCUGGCCAAGAUUGUUGAGGAGAAUGAUUAUGGCCGUAAGGCAUGGGUUAAGAAUCUUGGUAGUAUUGCUGGGAUUUUCCUCAUUGGUAUGGCGGGUUGGACCGUGGCUUGGCAAACUGGAAUGUGGGCGCCGGCGCCAUUGGACAAUAGCAAUGGCUCUGAGGAGGCUAUUGGGGGGCUAGUGCUCGGGUAUUUCAGUGCUGUGUGCUAUCUGGGAGCAAGAUUGCCUCAGAUCUACAAAAACUACAGUGAGAAGUCGUGCGAAGGAUUGUCGCUUUUGUUCUUUAUUCUCUCUCUCCUAGGAAACUUGACCUAUGGUGCAGGGAUUCUUUGCCAUUCUACAGAUAAAGAAUAUUUCCUCACCAAUCUUCCAUGGUUGAUUGGAUCGCUGGGCACCAUGGUUGAGGAUGUGAUCAUCUUCAUCCAAUUCCGGAUCUAUGCCGUUCAGGAGCCUCGUCUCUCGGCCAUCUCCUAA